GCAGCGUCCCACGAGCCCCGCGGCAGCCCCGAGGUGUCUGUGUGCUUUGCCAACCGCUCCGCCGCCCUCUUCCACCUGGGGCACCUUGAGGUUUGUUUGGAAGAUAUUUCCAGGGCUGAAAGCCAUGGUUAUCCAGACAAGCUGCUGCCCAAGGUCUUGCUGCGGAAAGCUGAAUGUCUGUUGUGCCUUGGGAGGUUACAGGAUGCAGCAGAUGUCCUCAGUGUGAUGGAGAGUAAAAUCGCUGUGGAUGGGCUCAUGGCUAGUCCUACACAUCAGACACUGCUAAAAAAGUUAAGUCAACUGAAGGUUAAAUUACAGGAGAAGCAGAGGUGUCCAGAGCCUGCUCAAGGAUCAUGUGGUGACAUUCAAGGAAAGUCAGAGAUCUGGGAAGAGAACAACAGUAUUUCACAUGCAUCUUCUUCUCUGAGCUUGAAUUUUGAUACAGAGAGAGGACGGCACUUGGUGGCCUCCCAGGACAUUGUGCCAGGACAGAGCCUGUUGAAAGAGGAAGCCUUUGUAAGUGUGCUCUGCCCUGGGGAGGGGCUUCUUCUGCAGGACAGCAGUGAAACAGUGUGGGAUACUCAAGUCACUAAUGCAGAUCUUUAUUGCCACCGUUGUCUGAGGCAGCUCUUGGCCUCAGUGCCUUGUCAGGGAUGCAGUUAUGCCAAGUACUGCAGCCAAGGCUGUGCAGAUGUGGCGUGGGAGCAGUACCACAGGACAGAGUGUGGCCUGGGAGCACUGCUUCUCACAUUGGGGGUCUUCUGCCAUGUGGCCUUGAGGACUGUUCUACUGGCAGGAUUUGCAGAGGUUAGCAGGCUGGUGGAAUGGUCUCACAGUGGGAACAAUGACCUUCACAACCCUGAGGCAAGCUGCAAACAUCUCAGUGAGGCACCAGCUGCAGGAGCUGGUACCAGAGGUAUCCCUGGCUGUAACAGUGAUGGUCAGUACCAGAGUUCUUACCAAGCUGUGUUCCACCUCUUGCCCCACACUGAGCAGCACAGCCCUGAGCACAAGUUCCUCUGCGUGCUAAGUGUAGUAGCUCUAUGCAAACGGCUGCAAAAAGCUGGCCUAGAGGCUGCUGUUUUGAAUCAGGAAUCAUCUGAGCAGUGCUCCAAACCAAAGACAUCUGAAACAACAUCAGAUGAAUUGUCUCCAGAGCUGAAGACUGUGGCAGAAGCGAUGCUGAGACACAUGUUGCAGCUGCAGUGUAAUGCACAAGCAAUCACUGUAAUGCAGGAGUCAGAGUCCAGAGAUGAAGCUAUUGUAAGCAGGAAGCCUGUGCGCCUGGCCACUCUAGUCUAUGUGGCAUUUAGUGGCACAGCUGCCACUGUUAGGGCAUCGCAGCCAAUCCCAAGUGGCCAAGAGAUUCUCCAUUGCUAUGGGCCUCACCAAUGCAGAAUGAGAGCUGCUGAGAGACAACAGCUUCUCAGGCAAUAUUUCUUUGAGUGUCGAUGUCGGGCAUGCCUCGAGGAGUUAGAGUCAGAUGGCAAGAGUGUGGUGUCCAUGAGAAACUCAUUCUGCUGUCCCAGCUGCCACUCUCCAAUGCAGGGGGAAGAAGACAUGCUUUGUUGUUCCAGUGAAGCUUGUGCAACCUCAGUCAGCAGAGAGAACCUGUCACACCGGUUACAGGACCUUCAGCAACAGAUCAUGAAAGCUUUAGACCUGCUAAGAGACGGGAAGGCUGAUCAGGCUGUCAAAAUGCUCCUGAAGUGUCAGAUGGAUGCUGGAAACUUCUUGUCUCCAGAGCAUUUGCUGAUGGGAGAGAUGGAGGAUCAUCUGGCACAGAUCUAUGCCACUCUUGGGAGGUGGCAGGAAGCAGCCAAACACCUGAAGAAGAGCAUUGAGAUUGUGGAAAUGCAUCAUGGGCCAUCAAGUGUAGAAAUAGGUCAUGAACUUUUCAAGCUGGCACAAGUUCUCUUCAAUGGAUUUGCAGUUUCUGAAGCUCUGAGCACAAUUCAAAGAGCAGAGGAGAUUUUGUCAGUGCACUGUGGUCCUCAGAGUACUCAGAUCCAGGAACUACAAGAGAUGAAGACCUGUCUGUCAGAGCUUCCCAGAAGCAUCCUUCAGAGGACUUAAUUUCCCUGUCAAAGGAAGCUGAAAUGUGAUCUUUCACCAAAGCUAAGUGUCAUGUGGUAAGGCAGUCAUGUAGUGCAAGCUGGAAAAUCAUGUGGAACAGCAACUUGAAUGAAAUCUGAGAUGCUCUUUAGUGAGACUGUUGUAAAUAAAAUGACCAAUUCUAACGUGA